UCUUUGGCGGGGAGGCUGCACGUCUCGACGCCUUCGCUUCAGUCGUGAGAAAAGCGCGCGCGAACGCGCCUGUGCUGUGCCUUGUUUUUUUUUUUAAUUUAUUUUUUUUAAAGUGCUGUGCCGCUCGGAUACAAUGAGGUUGAUUUUUUGGGUCACAGCCCUGGCUGUGCUCAGCCUGACACAUGCCAAGAAUUCUACAGCAAAAUCUAAACCGAAACGACAACUAGAAAACAUACGAACACCACAAAAUCUACAAUACUCGUUGGUACUUCCGCAUUCAAGAGUGACUCACUUCAGAGCACUAACAAGCAGCCGCAGAAUCACUCAUGUACCAACAAAUGGCGGAAAACUACCACCUUACGCUGUACAAAUGGAACCAGUUGUUCAAUAUUCUCAGAAGGAUCCACUCUAUGAUCCUAAUCUUGAUAACUUAGAUGAUGUUGGGGUUAACAAGAAUGAAAUCUAUGCACAACCUAAAAUACUUAAUGUGCACGACAACGCUGCUGAAGGAACUUAUGGACCACCUUACGGAUCUCUACCUACAGCUCCUUUGUACAGUCACGAACCAGCUCAUCCUCAUUAUUAUGAAGCUCCCGAACCUAUCAUUGAAAUUAUUAUCAAAGAAUCUAAUGAAACCCUUCCCGCACCGCCACCAACACCUGCACCAAAGAAAAAGAAAGAACCUGUUCACGUGUUCUAUGUGAAAUACAGCAAAGACCCUCACUCAAAAGAUAAAGUUAUUUACGAAAAGCCUAUUCCUGCUAUCACUCCCCCUACAAACGAUGAAGAUGACCAUCACCAUGAAGAUUAUGUCACUGUGACACCAGAACCACUUUAUGCACCCGUUCAAACAACUACUUUACGAGCUAUAAUCAAACCAGAAUCUGAAGUUUAUCAUAGUGAUAGUAGCGUCAAAAUUACUUUCGGUAAUGAAGGUCAUCAUUAUAGUGAUAGACGAGAAAGUAUCUCAGAGGGUCAUGAGGAAACGGCUCCAAGACCAGCGAUAGCUUUUCCAAAUCCGUCACCAAGCCACCCCCCGCUACAAAGAUCCGCUUCACCUAAGCUGCAAAACCACGAGUCACAGACAAGACCAGUAGCAAAUCACCCUACACCACAAACCUAUAGACCAGUGUCCCAACAUGCACAAAGCCGCAUUCAAUUUCAACCACAAUACUUACCAAAUGAACAACAGCUUCCACGUCAAAGCCCGUCAGUGGCGCCAUUUAGAUUUCAGCAACAAGUGAAUCGUCAAAAUACAUUCGGACCUACACCAUCAUUAAGCCCAAAUCCCAACUCACAUCCAUCUAGUGCUUCUCCUGGGCCUAUCGCUCAUUUUAACAAUAACGCGCCGUCAGUUUCAGGACCAACAUUCCCAUCCUUCCCAAGACCCAAUAAUCCACCUCCUACAUUCCAUCAGCGUCCAAGCCCUCCAUCUUUUGCUCCACGUCCCCACAUAAAUGGCCCCCCACGAACCAGUUUCCACACAGGACCUCAAAGACCAUUUCACCAGCCGCAGCCACAAUCAAAACCAUUCUUUGAUGAAGCUAAGUAUUUGCAAGAAAAUUAUCAUACCAUUACUACUGACCAAGUUGAUCCUCCAAAAGAACAAUUUGUUCCAAACAGGAAACCACAGAAUUUAAAUUUCCUAUCCCGUCCAAGUCCUAGCCCGGUUCCAGCACAAUUUGAAGAGCACACACGUCCCCAAUUUAUACCUUUAAAUCAACAAUUGCCUCAACAAAGGCCACCACAACAUUUCGUUGAUUCGCAGCAAUCUUUCCCCGUGAAUCCCAGCAGACCACCGUUUUUCAACUUAAAACCAUCACCUCCAAAAAUCGAAGACAAUCGUCCUCAAUUCCAACAACAGUCACAAUCUCAUCAACAGUUCGGAUUUCAUCAAGGACCUCAAAUAUUACCACAACCAACUCCUCAACUACCUCUUCAGCACAAGCCGUCAUUUUCAAGUUCCCCUUCACCGUCCCCAAUUCCACAACACCAAUUCCUUCCGCAACCAUCGUCUCCACCUCUAUUUAAUUUCCAUGCCCAACCUUCUCCUACUCCAGCAACACAUCAAUUCCUUCAGCAAGUGGCUUCAUCCGAAAGGCCCCAAGUCCACCAACCAGUUAGUCAAACGGCAAGACCAUUUGGAAAUCAACAAAAUAGUUUCGAAGAGCAAGCAAAUCUUCAACAUCAGCAAAAUGUAGGACAGUUUGUACCACAAGGUGGAGAAUUUGUGCCUUCAAUAUCCAAGUAUGAACAGCAUAUAACUAUUAAUAGUAACGAACAACCAAAUUACAGUAGUUUGAGUGGACCAACCCAGCCCACGCCAACUGCAACUCAACCAGUACAACAGUAUCAUCAGCUGCAACAGAAAGAACAACAACAAUUCUACGAUGCUGAACAAGAACAAGUAAGACAACAACUGGCAGAAAAUGUGAAGAAACAACAAGAAGAAAUACAGCGUCUUCAAACGCAAUUAUUAAUAGCGCAACAGCAGCAGCAACAACAACGUCAGCAACAACAACAACAACAGCACCAACAUCAGCAGCAUCAACAACUACAAAAUCAGUAUGAACAAAACUAUCGUGAAGCACAAAACCAACAGAAUUUGAACUACCAACAAACCAUUCAGGUCACAUCUCCUAAAUCACAAUACGUACAAGAAAGAUCAAGGUCACAGACCAAUUACGUUACAAGCACACCAUCACCUGCUUAUUACCAGUCAACCUCUAGAACUGUAGAAAUCAAACCAACUACACAAAAAUACUCCUCAACCACUGCCAACUCUAUAAGCUCAACACAAGAACCGAAGAAGGAAGAAAAGAAAAAGAAAAAGCCUCAGAUUGAGUUGCCUGAUGAAGUUCCAGAUGAUUUACGUCAGCAGCUUUUAUCUUCGGGAAUUUUAGAUAAUGCCGAUAUUAGUAUAUUGGACUACGAUAAAGUAGGAGAUACUCCUUUGGAAUCACUACCUCCAGAUCAACUAGCAAACUUUUUCAGUGCUGGAGGAGCUCAACAAAUUUCUUCCACUGAACUCAAGCCAGUUAUUGUAAAACCCAAUGGUGAUCAAAUUGAGUCUAGAAUAGACGAAGAUAUUGAUGAUGAUCAAGACAUAGCUGCUUCUGAGAAUGUGCCUACAUAUGUCGCUCCGCCCCAGUCACAGAAACAAGCUGUGGAAAUGAAAGUUGUUCAUUUUGAUCCAAAAACAGCUGAGGGACAGAAUAUCGCUAAAGAAUACGUGAAAGAGGAUGCUACUCAGGUCGAACCUGUCGCUUUAAAUGAUAAAAAAUACAACAGAUAUUUACCAUUGAAAGUAAGCGGCAAUCAAUUUCCUUUACCGGAUAUUCUAAAAGGAAGAAAAGUAACAUCUGUGGUUGUUUUGGCUCCUGUAGAAACUGCAGAUUUAACAAAAGAUCAUACAAGGGCUGAAAGGGCUACCAGUAACACAUUAAAAGGAAUUAAAUUUGUAGCGGGGGAUAGCUUGCAAGAUUUGUUAAAACGACCAACUACAGAUAAUUUUCAAAAAUGGUUGGAAGUUGAGAAAAAAACAGCAACAGACCUUCAGUCCGUCAUUCUUCUUGUGACUGGGAAUGAAAAAUCAACAGAGGACAGGGAAAUUUAUAUGUACGACAUAUCAACAGGCAACGUCAAUAAACUCAAUGGAGAACUGUCGAACGCGUUCGUGGAAGCAGCUGAAAACAAUUCAUUGAGCAAAGACAUCGAGAAACUUGCAAUAGAAGGGGAAGGUGUCCCUGAAAGUUUUGAUAAAAACGACGACGUGACCGCUGACGGUUCAGAAAAUGUGCCAUUUUUAGUAGAUUUAUCAGGAUUGAGUUUAGAUCAAGAUGAUAGCAAUCAGGUAUCAAUAUCUUCUGGUUAUAGUAAAACAAAACACGGCAGAUCAUUACAAAGGCAAUGAUGGCGACAUAUGGUGUUCGAAAUUCGAACUUUGUAAAUAGUUUAGAUAUAGUAUUAAUAAAUUAAAAACACGGCGGCGUAAUGUUGCAUAUAGUCUGUUAUUAAGUGAUAAUCAGGUUGUACAAAUAAAGAACCUUUUUUACUGUA